UUUGGAUCGGAUGGAUUUACUCACCCGAUCUGUAGCCUACUGAAUAUCUUGGGUGAAUCACAAUCCUCCAAACACAAGGUGAAAACACGUUGUAGUGCAAUAUUCAUAUGAACCAUCUUGCUGGAGGUCGUGCCAGUGCCAGUCAGAUUGGAUUUAAAGCGCCGCGCGCGCGCCCGAAACUUUAAUGUGGUUUAUUUCCAUUAAUGUCACACACCUUGAUGCGUUGAGUGGGCUGUUUAACAUUUAAAGAAAGAGACAAGCAGACGACAACACAAGAGGAGAACACUGGAGAACUCAACUAAGUUACCUGCACUGAUCACCUUGCCGACGAGAAGGUCUGCAGUGUGUGAGUGGGAUGACUGCAGAUCAGCUGUGGCCUGACUAUGGUGAAACACCAACCGUUACAGGUGUAUGAGAGACAACUGUGUUUGUCUUGUCUGACCGGGAUCUACGGCUGCCGCUGGAAACGGUACCAGCGUUCCCAUGACGACAGCUCCAAGUGGGAAUGCUCAUGGUUCUUCCUCCUCUGCUGUUCGUUUGUCCUCCUCCUCAUCUGGUCCUACUUCUGGUUGGAGGCCCGUAAUGACUACAAUGAGUUCAACUGGUUGUUAUAUAAUCGUUCGGCCGUUUGGAAGGAUGGCACAGUUCCUAUUCUCGCCACAACUCUCACAGGAUUCACUUACACUGCAUUUUUAAUGAUUCUUGCACUUUGUCACAUUGCACUGGGGCAGCAGCUUAACUUAUACUGGAUCCAUAAGAUUGUAGUUUUGGCUGUUCUGCUCUCCACCAUAACAGGAGUGGUGUCCGUCGAUGAUUUCUGGCAGGACGAAUGGGAUAUUGUCAUCAUUUCUCUGCAGUUCACAGGGCCGUUCCUGCACAUCGGGGCUGUAGCUGUGGUCACCGCAUUAGGGUGGGUCAUCGCCGGUCAGGUGGUCCGUGGAGAGAGAUCAAGACUCCAGGUUGUAACGCUGGUGCUUUAUGUGAGCGUUCUCCUGGUUCUGUAUCUGGUUCCCCUCUUCAUCUCUUCUCCCUGCAUCAUGGAUCGGUCCAAGCUCGGUCCUCGUCCUGCUGUCGUCGGCCGUCGUGGAGCUCCAAUGCUGGCUCCAGAACACACUAUUAUGUCGUUUAGUAAAGCGCUGCAACAGAAAGUCGCUGCCCUGGAAGCAGAUGUUACCAUUAGUCUGGAUGGAGUGCCUUUCCUGAUGAGGGACCGCACACUACGCAGGACCACCGACGUCAACAAACAGUUUCCCGCCCGUCAGGACCACGACGCCUCGUUCUUUAACUGGACUGAGAUCCGCAGUCUCAAUGCUGGACUUUGGUUCCUCAGGGAUGACCCGUACUGGACGGUUCAGUACUUGUCAGAGAAGGACCGCAACCGCACGGCCAAUCAGACGGUGUGUAGCCUGGCGGAGCUGCUGCGUCUGGCCGCUAGAAGCAACCGGUCCGUGAUGUUCAGCCUGCGCCGGCCUCCGCCCCAGCAUCCCCGGCACCAGCUCUGGGUCAGCGAUGCCCUGAAGGUGAUCCAGAGAUCCAGCAUCCCGGCAGAACAGGUGAUGUGGACGCCCGACUGGUACAGGAAGAAGGUGCAUGCCGCGGUUCCUCUCCUUCAGCAAACGUCAGACGAGAAACUUCCUGUGUCUGAGCUGAAAGAAAGAGGAAUCAGUACUCUGACCCUCCACUACAGCCAGGCCAGAGCUCAGGAGAUCAGGCAGUUUUCUGGCAGUAAUGUGAGUGUAAACGUGUAUACGGUGAACGAGCCGUGGCUUUAUUCGCUCAUGUGGUGCAGCGGGGUUCAGUCCGUCUCCUCUGAUGCCCCACACAUCCUGAAGAGAGUGCCUAAUCCUAUCUGGAUCAUGAGCGCAGAUGAAUAUGGCCUGAUAUGGAUCACUUCAGAUUUAAUCUCAGUGGCGAUUGUCAUUGGCAUUUUCAUAUUUCAGAACUAUCACCUGAUCAGGUGGAAAAUGAGUGGCAUGCGCAGCUACAACCCUGAGCAGAUCAUGCUAAGCGCCGUAGCGCGUCGGCCGAGCCGUGACGUCAACCACAUGAAGGAGAAACUGAUCUUCUCAGAGAUCAACAACAGCGUGGGUAGCUCCGAUGAGCUCUCCGUCUACACCGGAAACGGACUGGACACGUACUCGCACGAGGACAUCAUGAUGCCGGCACGUCAUGCAGCGAAACUGUAGUGAAGACUUGAACCCAUUUUAUGGGAUGAACAUCUCAAGCUCAAAAUCACUCACUUUUUUCGACCGAACGCUCUGAUGGAUGUUUAUUAUGAGCGGUUGUCGUCGGUUCACAGACUCUCUGAGGAAUGUUUUCCACUCAUUCAGUGUUCUGCUUUGAUGCCUUAUGUAAUGAUGUAUUUUUCUGUAUAAAACCGUAUUUCAAAUGGAGCUGAGUUAUUGUGCACUGUAAAUUUUAGUGUCCGAACUGUUGAGAGCAGGUAAUAAAAGUGUCCUAUUAUUAAUGUUCUUGAAGAAUAAUGGGUUUAAUGUUAAUGCAUGCAGAAAUCACAGGUUCAGAGAUUCGAACCCCAGCUUGAUUGUAGGCUGAUAUUAUUUAUUUUUUAUUUAUUUUAUAUUUGUAAAAUAUAAUUUGCUUCCUGAUGAUUCAUAUCUCAUUGCAAUAGAUUAAGAUUUCUUCUACGUUGCUGUAUUGAUGUCUUUUUUUAAGUGAUUUAUUUUGUAAUGAAAUCUCUUGCGUUGACAGUGUUUUUAUGGAGUUUUGAAGUUAAUUAUUAAGUUUGAAGAAAUUAAACAGUAGCCUAUAUCAGA